UCAUAUUAUCAGAAGUAUAAAAACUAUUCGAUACUUCAUUUGACACCAGUUGAACUCAGAAGAACAUAACGAUCUCAACUGAAGAUGAUUUUGAAGAUUUUUACAUUGUUUGGUGUCGCGUUAGCGGUGUCGGGUCACGACAACCCCGUGAUCUCUGAAUACAAAGUGUAUAUCCACCAUCCGGUACACCAUGGCCACCACGGAAAGCUCUCGCACGUCGGAUCUCAUGUCCCGGAGCAUCAUGAAGAAUACGCCAAGUCGUAUCCGUCAUACGAGUACUCGUACCAAGUUGAUGAUCCCCAUACACAUGAUCACAAAGGCCAAGAGGAAACCAGACAUGGCGACGAAGUGAAGGGCAUGUACUGGCUCAUCCAACCUGAUGGCCUUAAACGUACUGUCAAGUAUCACGCAGAUAAACACAGCGGAUUUAAAGCCCAUGUUGAGUAUUCGGAUCCCCAUCACCAUGAUGAACAUAAAGAACAUCAUCAUCUGCCAGUAUCUAAACAAUAUGUUUCUAUUCACCAUGAGCACGAUCAUCAUGAAGAUAAACAUGAGGAACACCACGAAGAUGAACACCAUGAGCCGGAACAUCAUGAACACGAACACCACGAACCAGAACAUCAUGAUCAUGGCCAUCAUAACCUAGUACACUAUGAGGUGAAACACUAUGUACAUCACGACCACCACCAUGAACCAGAGCACCAUGAACCUGAACAUCAUGAACAUCAUGAACACCAUGAACCGGAACAUCAUGAACAUGAACACCAUGAACCGGAACAUCAUGAAGAGGAACACCAUGAACCAGAACAUCAUGAAGAGGAACACCAUGAACCAGAACAUCAUGAAGAGGAACACCAUGAACCAGAGCAUCAUGAAGAUGACCAUCAUGAAGAUGAACACCAUGAGCCAGUACACUACGAGUUAAAAUACUACGUACAUCACGAACCCAAUCACCAUGAACACGAUCAUGGUCAUCAUGAACAUGAACAUCACGAGCAUGAACACCACGAAUCGGAACAUUACAAACCGGACCACCACGAUCACGAAUACUAUGUUCACGAAUACCAUCAUGAACCGAUGCACAAACAUCGUGUUAUUGAAUACUACGACAGAAGUCAUGAGCACAACAAUUAUCACGGUCACCAUCAUGAUACCGGACAUCAUGUUCAUCACAAACAUCAUAUACAAAUACAUCAUCAUUCACCUCAUCAUGAUGAACAUCAUCAUGGUCACGACGAUCACGGAUUUUAGUAUAAACACUAAGAAGAUUAUAACUCUGUUCAAUUUGAUUUUGAUAAAUUGUUCAUAUUCAAGGAAUGUUUAUAAGCAGAGUGGAAAUAUUACUAUGAUAAUUUUAAUUAAUUGUGA